AAUGGAAGUUUGAGAUUCCAUUCCGCUUUUCCUUUUUCCUCUUUCUUUCUCAGCUUUCUUCCCUUUCUACUUCAACAUGAACCUCUUUCCCUCUCGCUUCUCUUCCCCUUCCUCUUUCUCCUCCUCCUCUUCUUCUUAUUCCUCUUCCUAUUCAUCUUCCUCCUCCUCCUCUUUCUCCUUUGAUUCGACCAUGUGUACCUCCAAGAAAGCCACCGCAGGUUGUCUCACCGGCAUCCUCCGCAGAAUCCUCUGCUCUCGUGGCCUGCCCACCCACCCCUCCGAUCAAAUCAGAGACGAUGAUUCUGUACUUCAAACCCAACAAGUUCAUCAGUUCAAGGCUGACCACAAGACUCUGGCUGGUUCUGUAACUCCUACUUCUACUAAUGCUACUACUGUUUCUGCUCCUGGGAUUGUUGCGAGGUUGAUGGGUUUGGAUUCCAUGGCGGAAUUACCCACUGAAUCAUCUGCCGCUUCGCUUUCGCGGAGCCGAUCCAUGAACUCUGUGCAAUGCUUCGGGGAAUGCGAUCGGUUGGAGGGGAUUCAUCGGAGAGUGAAAUCUACGUUGUCGUUUAGGGAGGUCCCGGGUUUUACGUUCCUUGAAAAUGAUGACAACUUCCUGGUGCUCAGCUUCGAAAGUCAACAAUUUGAAUCCAAACUGGGUUCUGCGCGAUUAAAGCAGAGGCCGAAAUCGAAGGAAAAUAGGCGGGAAAAGUUGUCCUCUGAGAACAUUAUGAGUGGCAAGGAGAAACAGAGUAGGAAGGUGGGAGAUGAAAAACCUUUGAGGAAAAAUGACGGCAAGCUUCGAGAAGUUACCAACGUCACACCACAGUCAAGCGUCAAGAAUUCUUCUGAAAAGAAGUAUAUCAAUUCAGAAGCAGAGAUGAUCGAGGACGUUCUGCAUGAUAGAAAGCCAGAUAGGAGGAGGAGGAGGAGGAAACCAAGCUGUAAUUGUACAGUAGAGAAGACAGAACCAGAUUGCAAUUCAGAAGAAACAAGUCCAGUUUCUGUUCUCGACUUUGAUCGCCAAGUUCCUGGAUCAGACUUAGAUCCCCAGGGAUAGGGAUGAGCCCAAGAAGAAAGUUGUCACCAGAGCUUGGAAACGGCCAACACUUUCUUCUGCGUUUUGAUGCGAACUUGAUGAUUGACCAGAGGAUCGCAAAGGAAAACGAUGAACAC